AUGUCUGCUCCAGUGGUUGCCGAGCCGGGAAUCGAAAGUCAACGGACGAUUGUCGAGAAUGAGGAUAGGAUAGCGCAGGAUCCGGUUGUAGCAGAAGACGAAGAUAGGGCGUUGCCCGAAGACGCUGAGAAGAUCGAGAGGCUACCAGCACUGCCAGAAGAUCCUGAAAUCGACGACGAUGCUUCGGGGAAAGGCAAGGACCCAGAGAAGGAACAGCUCGCUGCGGAAGAGGCAAAGGCAGGAAGAAGUGCAGCACAAAUUGCAAAGGAAGAGGAGGCUGGGCGAGCCGCCGGUGCCUCUCAGGAUGAUCAAAUCCCGAACGAAACCGCCGCACCCUCUGAGUACACGCCAGCAUUGGAUGGGAUGGAAUCGACACUUGACGGGAACGAGGGCAUUAAACCUGCUCCGUUACCCCCAUCACGGCCGCCAUUAGAGAAACUCGCGCAGAAGGAUACUAAACCUAUGGACCAUAUAGGCCUCACUAUUGGGCCUCCGGUUAUCCUCCUCUUCGACGUCAUCGUCCCGAUCAUUAUAUACUACGCCUGGUAUAAUACUCAAAUCCGACACUGGAAAGACGAUUGCCGCGCGCAGACCCCCCCCGGCGAGAAAUGCACCAUUGAAAAACCUGAAUACAACGAGGAAAUUCUCGGCUACGCCAUCAUCUCCUUCGGCUUCGGCGAGGUCUAUGUCCUCGUCGUGCGCGUCUGGCGCCUCCUCAAGCACCCCGACAUCUGCGCGCCGCUCCUCUCCCGCUCGAAGUGGGAGCUGGACGCCACCUCCUGGGUCUACCUGGUGGCCAUGCUGCUGGCGCUGAUCCCGUUCGUGGUCGGCAGCUCGCUCGUGAUCCCCGAGCUCUACCUCUACUCCCCGGCCUUCCUCAUGGCCUUCCUCGGCUUCGUCAUGCUGGUCUCCAUGUCGCGCAUACCGCUCCCCAUCGGCAUCAACUCGCACGCCCGCGGCUCCAGCAUGCGGCCGUUCAUCUACUACGCGGCCGAGGACUUCAUCGCCGUCGACGGCCUGCAGGACCGGGAGUUCCGCGUGCGCUACAACGCGCGCUACGAAUCCUCGCCCGCCUUCCGCCGCAUGUUCGUGUACCUGACCCUCUGGUGGAUGUUCGGCGUCCUGGUCUACAUCGGCUGCCUCUCGGCCGUGAUCUGGAAAGUCUCGUUCCACUACGCCUUCGGGCUGACGCUGGGCGUGCUGUUUGCGUACCUUAUCCUGUGGGCGAUCACGUCGUAUUGGUUCGUCAUGUGGUCGAUGCAUCGGGAGAAGAUCGCGUGGGAAAAGGGCCCCGUGUCAGAGGCGUAA